AUGACCACCGGCAACUUUCGCUAUCUGGACCCGGCGACUCUGUACGACAGCAAGCCCUGGGCUAAGGUCGAUACUGAUGUAACCUCCUUCAGCCGGCUCGAGCGCCGUCGGUCGGUAGUCAACAUCCGCGAGUCGGCGGAAGAGUUCGGCACCGACGUUUCCGGGUUCGCCGUGUACAACUCUCCGGCCAAAGAGAAGGACUUCACCGACGACAACGCGGUGCGGAGCGGCUACUAUGCUGAAGUUGAGUCCCUCUUGCGGGAUAAGCUGCCCGGCGUGAAGAAGGUUGUGAUCUUCGACCACACGAUUCGGAGGAGGGAGAAGAACAGCCCCAGACAGCCGGUGCAGCAGGUGCAUGUUGACCAGACGCCCGGUGCGGCAGAAGCUCGCGUGAGGAGGCAUGUUCCGGGGAGUGAGGCGGAUGAGCUGGUCAAGGGACGGUACCAGAUUAUCAACGUCUGGAGACCGAUUGGGCACCCGGCGAGUGAUUUUCCGCUUGCGGUGAUUGACUGGCGGACGACGGAGCCCAAAGAUCUGAUUGCUGUGGAUCUGCUGUACCCCAGACGGACGGAUACCGACGACGACGAUCGGGGCAAGGAAGUGCUUCCCGAUCCGGCUUUGGCGCGGUCGACGGAGAAUUACGAUGUCAAGGGCGAGACUUUCUCUGUUGCACCAAGCGACAAGCACAAGCUGUACUACGCCAAAGACAUGACCCCUGAUGAAGCCAUGUUCAUCAAGUGCUUCGACUCGAGGAGUCAGGGCCAGCCUGGCGGCAAGCCGGGACGGGCCGACUACACGCCUCACACGGCCUUUGUUGACCCCAACACCCCCGCAGAUGCUAAGGGAAGACAAAGCAUAGAGGUUAGAUGCCUGGUAUUUUAUGAGUAG